CAUGCCAGGAAUCAAAGCCACUAAACAUUCGUUGAAUCAAUUGUGAAAGUUCCUUGAAUUUGACAGCAAGAUUCAAGACCCCCAACAAAUACCCUAAACCUAUAGCUAUAUAUAUGCGUGCGUCUGUGUGUGUGUAUAUAUAUAUUGCUACUUCAUCGGAUUAUAUAUUGUUCUUCUCCCUAGCUUGUUAACAUUAUAGUUAUAUCAGCAAUCUGCAGGUUCUUGAAUCUUUACAUCAACUUAUCCGAAUCUAUAAACAUGGAUGCUCAUACCCUUAACAAGCAAAAGGUUGUAGACAGUGUUCCAGAAGACUUGCAACGUUUGAGGAAAGAGAAUGAAACCCUAAGAUUCCUGCUUCAAGUUAUGACCGCCAAGUGCUCAACACUUGAGCAGCAGCAACUGCGCCAUAUGCAUAUCCAACAACAACCGUGUGAUCAUCGACAUAUCAUGACCACGAAUAUCAACAGUGCGAUUAUGAGCAAGAGACAGAGAACUGAUGAGCAUCGCUAUCAGUUUCCGGCAUCCCACGAUAAGACAUCACAGUUCCUAGUGAAAACCGAUUCUAAAGACAACAGCCUUAUUGUGAAAGAUGGAUAUCAAUGGAGGAAAUAUGGACAGAAGGUCACCAAAGACAACCCUUCAUCCCCUCGAGCUUAUUUCAGGUGUUCCUUCGCUCCUCGAUGCCCUGUCAAAAAGAAGGUACAGAGGUGCAUAGAGGAUGAUUCCAUCCUCGUGGCGACAUACGAAGGAGAGCACAACCACGACGCCAUCAAUGAUUCUGCACUAUUUGGACAAUUUUCAUGUUCACAUAAGAACAUAAUUGUGCCCGUUAAUUUUCCUUCAAGUGGUAUCGGGACUAAUAAUGACGUGAUUAAUAUAAGUCCCUCUCCGCCGGAGCCUGUAACGCUCGAUCUCAGUCUCUCGGGAUCCAGUAAUCAAGAAAAUGGAGGAUUGGGAAGCCCUCAAAGCAUGGUUAGCUCCAGAAGAGUUGAGGAUUACGUUGCUUCGUUAACCAAGGAUCCUGAUUUCACACAAACUUUAGUUGCUGCAGUUGCACGUUCGAUUGCAAGACCUGCAAAUAGACCAAAUUCAUAGAUUGGAGCGGAUAACUCCUUAUAGUCAAGAUACGUAGGAGAAAGAAAUGAAGCAAAUUUGUCAAACUUGACGGUCGAAGACGGAUAACACAUUAAGAAAGCUUAUCAUUCAAAAUUCCCACGAAAUGAUGAGUUUCCUUCGUGUCUUAUCCCCUUCGAUCACCACAAAAUGAAAAAUCAUUCACCUUUACUUUUCAACAUACAUUGUAUUUUGUAAGUUAUCCGCUGCAAUUCAACAUAAUUAUUAGACAAA